AUGGUGGAAACAGAAAAGAAAGUAUCUAUGUAAUGUUAUCACGAAUACAAAGACUGAAAGAUCUUAUGAUACUUCAACCUUUUAAUCAAUCAAAACUCAAUAUGUCUAUGGACUCUGACCUUAAAAGAGAACUUGAACGUCUCGAAAAACUCUCUAAAAUAACUGAACAACUAAUUACAUGGCCUGACGCUACAUCUUAUGAUUGA